AUGUGCGCUGUAGGGCUUGCCGGGCUGUACAACUUGACUGGCAACGUGGAAAUGAUGGCUACUGCGCGAGAGAAGUACGGCUCGGCACUUCGACAAACCGGAAAGCUCAUCCGACCUCCGCACACUCCCAGCAUAGAUGUAACGAUGAGAUCCGUUGUCGCACUUGCCAUGUUCGAGGUUGUCAAAGGGACUCAUCACUCCACUAGCACCGUUCACGCUCACGUUAUGGGCGGAGCGGCUCUGAUGAGAAGCUGGUGUCCGAUGCCCAGUGUGCCUUUUGCGGGUUUCAGGGCAUUGCUACAGUUAUGCUACUCAAUGUUCAUACCUCUUCAUGUUGCGGGCAUGCCGAUGCCCCCGGAUUUUUACGACUGGGUUUCGUACGGCUCACAGCUACAAAUUCCCAUCGAUCGACCAUCCACAGACUUGGCAGUUCUCAUCGCUCGCUUUGUCGAAAUCUCGUCGAUAAUUCACAGACAUGUCAUUAGCGACGGAAAGCCUAAAACAGUCAACGUGCUGCAGCAACUACUGGAUCUUGACUCCGACCUGGCAUCAUGGGAGAAUGCCCUGGAAGGAGCCUGGCUAUACGAGACUAUCCACGCCACUCACCUGCCCCCAAAAGCGGUUCUUGAGGGUGAAUAUCAUAAGUAUCACGACGUCUGGACCGCCCGUAUCUGGAACUACUACCGCUGGGCGCGAGUUCUGGUGAACCAGAACGUGCUGGACUUGGCGAACAAGAACCCAACCUCCAGUCUUUCACUCGUAUCGGCUGCCGCACGUGACAACUUCCUCGCGAAUAUUCGAAGGCUGGCAAGAGACACGCUAGUGAGUGCGCCGACCCAUUGGCGACACCCGUCCCUCGACGGGCAGGCGCAGAUAAAAGUUGAAAGCCCCGGUGGAGGUGGAUCCGGAUCAGCAGGACUUCCGGCAUUGCUGUUUCAUUUAAAGGUGGCUGGUUGCGCUCCUGGAGUUCCCAGGAAAUAUUGGGAGUGGGCUUUGGGCGUCAUACAGACAAUCUGGAGUGACAUGGGUAUGCUACAUGCGCGAUCCAUGAUGGAGGCCAUGCGGGCGCACGAAGACACGGUGCUUAGAUCUAGCGCGGCAGGAAUACUGGCGGACGACUGGUAA